AUGGACGCCGAUCGCGAUCCCCCCGCGGAGAGCCCACGGGGCGACUCCAGCUCACCGAGCCUCGAGCCUACCUCGCCUGCUGCGCUGGCUCACAAUGCGUCGACCCCCUCGCUCCAGCCAUUCCGCGAUCCUUCCGCCGGCAUCACACCGUCCUCCACGCCCUUGGGCCAGAUCAACGCUGCGCGGCGCGGCGCGGGGACCCCGCCACGUCCGCAGGCGUCCAUGAGUGCCCAAGGCGUUGGGGGAUUGAACCAGGACAUCAUGGCCAAAAUGAAGGCUUUCUCUCUCUCCCGACAGGGCGCUCCACUAGCACACGUUGCUUCUACAGGCACAGUACCAACGGCGCAUGAGGCCGGCGCUGGCGGGGCCCUCGCCGGGCGUAUGCCGCCAGCCGCCCGGCCCAGCAAUAAGAAUUGGGCCUCAUCCCCCGCGAUCACGGCUUCGGUGUCUAGUUCCGCGUCUCCGCGCCCGGGAGGUUUGGCAGCAAAGCGCAUGAAACCUGGUCUUAAGCUAUCCGAUGUGACCGGCGGGCUGCCAACGCCCGCACCGAACGGGACGGAGCAGAAGAAGGAGGGAGAGCAGAAUGGGGUAUCUGUGUUCAGCAAGUAUUCCGAAUUUAUCGACACGAAAGCCGGGACAUUGAACUUCAAGAACAAGGCAAUUCUGCAUGGUGGUGGCGUCGAGUUUUCAUCAGGACACAGUUUUAAGAUCUCGUUGGACGAGGUCGAUCGAUUAGAUGAGCUGGGCAAGGGCAACUAUGGUACCGUCUACAAAGUACGACACAGCCGCCCACACCUCCGAAAACCUGGCUUGGGUUUGAGUGGGAUUGUUAGUCGCCAGCCUGGGCAGGAUGAGACCAGUUCAGCAAUUGGACCUCUCGAUAAUCUUUCUGGUGUGAUCAUGGCCAUGAAGGAAAUUCGGCUGGAGCUGGACGAGGCCAAGUUUGCACAAAUCAUCAUGGAGCUGGACAUUCUACACCGCUGUGUCUCGCCCUUCAUCAUUGACUUCUACGGCGCCUUCUUCCAAGAAGGCGCUGUCUAUAUGUGCGUGGAGUAUAUGGAUGGUGGGUCCAUUGACAAGAUCUACGAGGGUGGCGUGGUUGAGAACAUCCUGCGCAAAAUCACCCUUUCCACUGUCAUGGGAUUGAAAGCGCUCAAGGACGAGCACAAUAUCAUUCACCGCGAUGUGAAGCCUACCAACAUCCUGGUCAACAGCCGAGGGCAGAUCAAGAUUUGCGAUUUCGGUGUUAGUGGCAAUCUAGUCGCUAGUAUUGCCAAGACCAACAUCGGGUGCCAGAGUUAUAUGGCUCCUGAACGAAUUGCGGGCGGCGGUAUGCAGCAGUCGGGCGCCCCGAGUGCCGGGACAUAUAGCGUGCAGAGCGACAUUUGGAGUUUAGGUCUGUCGAUCAUUGAAUGUGCGAUGGGCCGGUAUCCUUAUCCACCGGAGACCUUCACCAACAUAUUCAGUCAGCUUCAUGCAAUUGUCCACGGCGAACCCCCCACUCUCCCCGACGAGGGAUUUUCUGAAGAAGCACAUGCAUUCGUCCACGCUUGUCUUGACAAGAACCCCAAGAACCGACCUACCUACAACAUGCUCCUCCGCCACCCUUGGCUGGCACCUCUGAUGCGCCCGCCAACGGAGGCUGACGCCGAGUCCGCCUCCCAAACCUCCGAAGCCCCUGCACAUCGCGAAACCCCCUCCUUCUUGACAGAAGACAGGGAAGUUGCGGAAUGGGUCCAGAAGCAGCUCGAACGCCGCAAAGCCGGCCUCUUGCACGACGCCAAGAAACCAGCCCUGCACGCUGUGGCUCUUGACAAAGUCGCCACUAGUCCCAUUUACGACGGAGAGCCGCCCAUUCCGCCGCAGGCAGACUGA